AGUAAAUUGUGAUAUAACAAAUAUCAACAUUCGUGAAUCGUAUUAAUAUUGUGCGUUUGGACUUCUAGAAUUGAAAAUUACUCGAAUUUUCAAACCGUAGACAAGUGAGAGCAAUUACUUUUAUAAAACACAACCACAGUCAUGUUGUCAAAACAGUUAUGGAGAUCGUUUGCCGCGAGGAACAAAAUCGUAAACGGUUUAUUAAAGCACAAUGAAAAGAAAACGCAGGUGUUGUCGAUAGUCACUCGAAAUGCAUCCAAUAAAGAUGUCGAUAUUGAUGCAGAGUUAAAUAAACCUGUGAAAUACACAACAAGUCCUGCUCACGAUUGGAAGGCACAGCAUUCUCGAAUUGGAAGCAAGGCUGAAUUUGGUCCAUGGUAUGAACCCCAUGCUGUCAGUCUAAGCUUGGUUGUAUUUAUGAUAUAUUUUUUCGUAUUACGCGAAGAAAACGAUCUUGAUAUAUUGCUGGACAAACCUUUGUCAGAAACAUUAAAAAAGGACUAAAUAUUUUGUUAUUUUAGAGUUUUAUUAGGUACCUAUGAAUACAUCUUAAUUAGCCUAAUAAAUAAUAUUAUGUACAUUUGUUUUGAUUUUCAGUAGUACAUUUAUACAUAUGAAUAUGUCAUAGGUUUAUAAGAAAUAUACAAAUUAUGUAAUUAUUAUAAAAACUAACAUGUGUAUGUAUAUUUUUUUUAAUAUUUAAGCUUAAUAAAAUAUUAAAAGAUGGAUUAAUCUGAAAUAAAAUUUAUCGUAUAUACCAUUA